AAGUCGGGCAGCCGUCGCUUCAACAAUGCAGCUUUUAAUGGAGCUGUGUGAUGGAAACGCAACAACACCGCCAGGCUGGCCGGGGACCGUAGCUGCUCAGAUUUAACAUGGUUACUCUUCUCAUUAGCUGUCCGUCCUCUUGGGGGAUGAAUUAAUCUCCGUUUCCAGGACACACUUUCUGUUGAGGGUUUCUGUUUUAGGAACGAAGAGAUUUAGAAAGGUCAACACCCUGUGGGUUUUCUGAUGGGCGAUCAGAAAAUGAGCACAUCUGAGUUAUCACAUGAUCACCAUGCCCUCCUGGCUUCAUCCAUCGUGGGACAAUCCCUUUGCAUAUGUUGAGCUGUUUCCUUGCACACAUUCAGAGGAAUAGUUCAAUCUCCUAACAGAAAAUGGCAUUAGCGUUUUUGGGUUACAAUACAGAGUACACGUUAGAAUACAGGUGAGGCUCAGCCUCUGUCCACAUCACCUACAGGAGUUUCUGUGGAGGUUCGAGCAGCAGAUGACCUUUUUAGAGAAGAUUUGAUGGUUUAGUAUCUACCCCCAAACACCUUGUUGACAAGGUUGACCAUGGCUGCUGCUCCUUAUAGAAACGGUUCCUUAGUGGGGCAAGGAAAGGACUGACAGGUCAACAAUGCAGCGUAACGGUGGUGGAGUGGGUGUUGGAGGCCAGACCUGGGUGUUGCGCCGGGUGCGUCUCACGUGGCUCAGUUUCAUGCUCUUCUUCAUCCUGGUUUUCUUUCCGCUCAUCGCUCAUUACUACCUCACCACCAUUGAUGAAGCUGGGGGUCCCGACAAGCGCAUCUUUGGGCCGCGGCCGGGCGGGGAACUGUGCGAAGCCAAGCACGUGCAGGACCUUUGCCGCAUCCGCGAGUCAGUCAGCGAGGAGCUGCUGCAACUGGAAGCCAAGAGGCAGGAGCUCAACGGCGAGAUCGCAAGGCUCAACCUGCGCAUCGAGGCCUGCAAGCGCAGCAUCGAUAGUGCCAAGCAGGAUCUGCUGCAGCUGAAAAAUGUCAUCAGCCAGACUGAGCAUUCCUAUAAAGAACUAAUGGCCCAGAACCAGCCUAAGCUGUCUUUGCCUGUUAGACUGCUACCAGACAAGGAGGACCCAGGACUUCCACCACCGAAGUCUGCGCGUUCCUGCCGUCUGCGGUCAUGCUUCGACUAUGCACGCUGUCCUCUUACAUCUGGAUUUCCUGUCUAUGUCUAUGACACAAGUUCUUAUCCAUGGGGGAAUUAUCUCGACCCGCUGGUGAAGCAAGCGUUUGCAGCAUCUGUUAAAAGCAAUAUUUAUGUAAAUGAUAACCCAAGUAUUGCCUGUUUAUAUUUGGUACUGGUGGGAGAAAUACUAGAAUCAUCUCCUUUGCCAUCUCCUUCCGAGCUGGAGCAGCAGCUGAAAGCUCUUCCUUACUGGAGGUCUGAUGGACACAAUCACGUCCUGGUCCAUUUCUCCAGAAAGUCCAUGGUGCAGAACUUCUUGUAUAACGUGAGCACAGGAAGGGCAGUGGUCGCCCAGUCCACCUUCCUGGAGCAGCAGUACCGUGAGGGCUUUGACCUGGUUGUGUCGCCACUUGUUCAUGCUCUUUCAGAACCAAACUUUUUGGAGGUUCCUCCACAGGUUCCUGUAAAGAGGAAGUACCUUUUCACCUUCCAGGGUGAGAGGGUGGAUUCUUUAAAGAGCAGCCUGCAGGAGGCACCCCCUCAGUCGUUUGAGGAGGAACUAGAGGGAGAUUCUCCCGCCGACUAUGAUGAUCGAAUAAUUGGCACUUUAAAAGCAGUCCAGGAUAGCCACCUGGAUCAGGUACUGGUGGAGUUUACCUGCAAGAACCCAAAGCCAAGUUUGCUGACAGAAUGGGCUCUUUGUGGGGAAAGGGAGGAAAGACUGGAGGUGCUCAAGGCUUCUACUUUUGCUUUAGUGAUCGCUCCAGGGGACGGACAGCUGGUCGCCUCAGCAGGCUGUGGCAUGAGGCUGUUUGAGGCCUUGGAAGUAGGGGCCAUCCCCGUCGUGUUGGGGGAUCACUCUAAGCUACCUUACCACCAAUUAAUCCGCUGGACUGAAGCUGCCAUUAUAGUACCAAAGCCCCGCGUCACAGAGCUCCACUUCCUUUUGCGCAGCUUAUCGGACAACGACAUGCUCGCCAUGAGACGGCAAGGUCGCUUUCUCUGGGAGACCUACUUCUCAACCUCAGAGAAUGUUCUCAGCACCAUCCUCGCAAGUAUAAGAACCAGCAUCCAGGUGCCUGCUGCUCCAAUCAAGGACGAACCUGCGCAUGAGAUUCCCCACAAAGCUGGGAAGCUGGCCGGAACCGACGCCAACUUGGCUGACAACGGGGAUCUGGAUCUGGGUCCUGUAGAGACGGAGACUCCCUAUGCCUCACCACGCUUCCUCCGCAACUUCACAUACACGGCAGCAGACACGUACAGAGCGUGGAAUAGGGCCCCUGGGCCAUUCCAUCUGUUUCCCCACACUCCUCUCGACCCUGUGUUGCCCUCCGAAGCCAAAUUCCUUGGCUCUGGAACAGGUUUCAGACCUAUUGGUGGGGGCUCAGGGGGCUCUGGGAAAGAAUUUCAGGCAGCUCUGGGAGGGAAUGUCCCUCGAGAGCAGUUCACAGUGGUCAUGCUGACGUAUGAGAGGGAAGAGGUGCUGAUGAACUCUCUAGAGAGGUUGAAUGGGCUGCCGUACCUUAACAAGGUAGUGGUGGUGUGGAAUUCACCAAAGCCUCCCUCCGAUGACCUCCUGUGGCCAGACAUCGGCCUGCCUAUUGUGGUUGUCCGCACAGAAAAGAACAGCCUCAACAACCGCUUCCUUCCCUGGGACGUCGUGGAAACAGAGGCCAUCCUCUCCAUCGACGACGAUGCUCAUCUUCGGCACGAUGAGAUCAUGUUUGGCUUCAGAGUGUGGCGCGAGGCCAGAGAUCGCAUCGUCGGUUUCCCAGGGAGGUAUCAUGCAUGGGACAUCAACCAUCAGUCCUGGCUCUACAACUCCAAUUACUCAUGUGAGCUGUCCAUGGUCCUGACGGGAGCUGCUUUCUUCCAUAAGUACUACGCCUACCUGUACUCCUACGUGAUGCCCCAGGCCAUCAGGGACAUGGUGGACGAGUACAUAAACUGUGAGGACAUUGCGAUGAACUUUUUGGUGUCUCACAUAACCCGCAAGCCACCUAUCAAGGUAACCUCCCGGUGGACUUUCCGCUGCCCUGGCUGUCCUCAGGCCCUCUCACACGAUGACUCGCACUUCCACGAGCGGCACAAAUGCAUCAACUUCUUCGUCAAGGUGUACGGUUAUAUGCCGCUGUUAUACACACAGUUUAGGGUGGAUUCUGUGCUGUUUAAGACUCGUUUGCCCCAUGAUAAGACAAAGUGCUUCAAAUUUAUCUAGUGUGGGGUCAAACAUCUUUACAGAGAGCCAGAAACAGUGGUUUGAAAGACUGAAACUUCCACUGCAAGUAGUGAUGAAGACUGAUGAUUGGACUGCAGGAUAAACGUGCAGGAGGAAGCUUUUGGGCUCAGAGGUGGAAGUUGAAAGUAACCACUGCCGAGAAAUGAAGCCUUUUAGACGUCACUUCUUAUUUUAUACAUGCCUUUUCAAUCAUGUUCAAUCAUCAACCACUAGUUACAGAAGACAUUUGCACCUCUUACCUGCCUGCUAAGGAAAAGGAGGCAGUCUUGCCGUGUACAGAGACUCAUCUCUCCUGAUCAUGGAGCUGCAGAAGUAACAGACAUAAUAAUGGUUUCGACUGAGAGCAGUUCAAUUAAAAACUGUUCUUCAAACUCAAGCACUGACGGUCAGCUGUAUUUUAUUGGACUCUUUCUUUUUUAAGAUGAUGUCGUUCAAAUGUGUAAAUUUACGUCUAGUGGAAAUUUUUCCAAACCUCCCUGCCUUUGGGAAUUAAAAGUACAACUGCUCAAUCCGAUCAUGUCUAAGCAGCAUCAAGUCCUCCAGAGGUAAUUCACCACAAUGCAUCAUUGGGGGAUUGGGGGAUCUCUGAGUUUAGGCCUCCAUCACCCUCCUUUUGUAGCCACCAGAGGGGUCCUGAGAUACUUCAGGCUGGCUGUUGGACCACUGGUGAUGGUACAAUUGGUACAGUUACAAACAAGCGGAAUAAUCUCUACUGGCUUCUACUCUAGUUAGGCUUUCUAAGCAGUCUGGAAUGGGUUUUCAGUGCUUUUCACCUCUGCAUAAGUAAGUAUGAAAGAAUACUUUUAUUUCUGUUGUCUAAAUGAAGUGUCCUUCAUCUUUCCUCAUUUGCCUCCUUCUUGUGUGUCAAUUCUUCCAUUCUUCUUCACUCCCUUAUGCGCUUCCUUCUUUCCUUUUUCUAUUUGUCCAUUUUCUUUUUUUCUGUUGUCUUUUCUUCUGUCCUCAUUCUCUUCCUUUUCCUUGAUAUCUUCCUUGAUCCCUUAGGUCUAUCCCUCCUUUUGCCUUUCCUUCCCUCCUGCUGUCCCUCCUACCUUCCUGGUAUCCUCCCCUAUUGCUUUCUUGUGUUCUCCUUCAUUUCUUGUGUCCUGCUUCCAUCCCUUACUUCUGUCCUUCCUCCCUUCCUUUAUCCUUAUUUGUUGUUCUUCUUUCCUUCUUCUGUCCUUUGUGUCCUUGCUUUCUUUUGUCCUCCUUUCUUUCAUUUCUAAUAUCCUUGUUUCUAUCCAUUUGGCUUUCCCUCCCAACCUUUCUUGUGUGCUACUUCCAUUCCUUCCUUAUUUCUAUUUUACCCUUCUGUCGUUCCUUCCUCGUGUCCGUCUGCCAUUGCUUCCUUUUUAUUCUGCCUGGAAGAGGUCAAUUAUUCAGCCAGGAUCAUGUUAGAAGCUUGUUGAUUAUCUAAAUAUUAUAGGAGGUGUGUAAAAAGAAAUGUUCAAAUGCAUCAUUAAAAGCUUAAAAUUAA